AUGCAAACUAGUGAUAAAACAAAAGAAAUGUUUAUCGUAAGGGCUUUGGAAAAAAUUUUAGCAGAUAAGGAUAUUAAAAAAUCCCACCACUCCCAGCUUAAAAGAGCUUGCGAGGUAGCUUUGGAGGAAAUUAAAGCGGAAUUAAAAAAUUCAAGCGAGUCCAAUGCGGCAUCAUCAGCUUUACCAUUACCAAAAAAAGAUACGACAACAGUUACUGCGGAAAAAUAUUUUUUACCUUUUGAAUUAGUAUGUCAAUCGAAAUCAUCGAGAAUAGUUGUCACAGCCUUAGACUGUUUGCAAAAACUAAUAGCUUAUGGUCAUCUGACUGGAAAUGUGCCUGAUUCGACAACACAGAAAAAAUUUUUAAUAGAUAGAAUUGUUGAUACAAUAUGCUCAUGUUUUACCGGACCGGCAACGGAUGAUGGAGUACAAUUACAAAUAAUAAAAGCUCUUUUAACCGUUGUCACGAGUCAACACGUUCAAGUUCAUCAAAAAACUCUUUUGAACGCCGUCAAAACUUGUUACAAUAUUUAUUUGGCGAGUAAAAAUUUAGUCAAUCAAACGACGGCGAGAGCUACACUGACGCAAAUGCUUAAUGUUAUUUUCACACGAAUGGAAAAUCAAGCCUUGGAAGAACAAUAUAAAAAUAAUAAUCAAAAAUCUGAUGAUUCCAACAGGGAUAAAAAACAAUCUUUUGUAAAUUCCAACAAAACAAAUUCGAACGAAAUUCAAUCUUCUUCUUCUUCUUCCACCGAAGGCAUUUCAAAAACCGAUGAUAAAAUAACAGAAAACGGUAUCGCGAAUUCUUUGGAUGUCGACGUGAAAAAAGAAGAUGUCGUUUCUGCUGCUACAAAUUCAUUCGAUGAAUUUCCCACUUCCGAAGAGGCCUUUGACGAAUCUGUCGCCGAGAAAAAAUCCGAUUCUGAUAUAAUCAAAGAAGUAUUAAAUAAAAUAAUAACCGAUGUUGAAUCAAUAUGCGAAAAUGGUUCCGACACGUUGAGCGUUCCGUCCGGUCAAAGCGAAGACAUGAAUUCAAUUGAAAAUGACCAAUCUUCGCUCCCGAAAUUUACUCAUGUGUUACAAAUAGAUGCCUUUUUAGUAUUUCGUUCCUUGUGUUUGCUUUCGAUGAAAUCAUUGCCCGAAGGAAUUCCCGAUCCGAAAUCUCACGAGCUUCGGUCAAAGAUCCUUUCCCUACAUUUGCUAUUAUCAAUACUACAGGGUGCCGGACCUGUUUUUAGGUCCAACGAAAAAUUCAUAACGACGAUAAAAAGUUAUUUGUGCGUCGCAUUGAGCAACAACGGCGUAUCAAACGUUCCGGAAGUUUUCGAACUUUCCCUAUCGAUAUUUUUGGCACUUUUGUCAAAUUUUAAAUUGCAUUUAAAAAAACAAAUUGAAGUUUUUUUCAAAGAGAUUUUUUUAAACAUACUCGAAACGAGUAGCAGUUCGUUCGAGCAUAAAUGGAUGGUCAUACAAGCGUUGACGAGAAUUUGCGCGGAUGCUCAAAGCGUCGUAGAUAUUUACGUUAAUUACGAUUGCGAUUUGACGGCGGCAAAUUUAUUCGAAAGACUCGUCAACGAUUUGUCUAAAAUAGCUCAGGGAAGGCAAGCCUUUGAACUGGGUGCGACGCCGAAUCAAGAGAAAUCAAUGAGGAUUCGUGGUUUGGAAUGUUUGGUAUCGAUACUUAAAUGCAUGGUGGAAUGGAGUCGAGAUCUUUAUAUAAAUCCCAACAGUCAGAGCGUAUUAGGCGCCGCCGACAAACAUGCGACGAGUCAAGAUGUCGAUUCGAUUCCUUCGCAGGGAAUAAAAAGUGAAAGUUUAAAAUCGUUCGGGAGUACGAAUUCUUUGAAUUCCGCGGAAUCGAGCGUCAACAAAGAAAUCCCGGACACGCCUCAACAAUUUGAGGUUUUGAAACACCAGAAAGAAAUAUGGGAAACGGGAAUCGAAAUGUUUAACAGGAAACCCAAAAAGGGUAUAAAAUAUUUGCAAGAUCAUAAACUUCUCUCGGAAAAUCUCAUCGAAAUAGCUAAUUGGCUUAUUAAUAACGAUAGACUGGACAAAACCGCCAUUGGAGAUUUUCUCGGUGAUAACGAUGAUUUUAGCAAGGCUGUGAUGUAUUUCUACGUUGAUUUAUUAAAUUUCAAAGAUAAGGAUCUUGUUUCAGCGUUGAGACAAUUUUUGGAAGGAUUUAGGUUACCCGGAGAAGCGCAGAAAAUCGAUAGACUCAUGGAAAAAUUUGCUAGUCGUUAUUGUGAAUGCAAUCCAAAUAACGGAUUGUUCUCAAGUGCCGAUACCGCUUACGUGUUAGCCUAUUCAAUCAUCAUGUUGACAACGGAUCUUCAUUCGCCUCAAGUCAAAAGCAAAAUGACAAAAGAGCAAUACAUAAAAUUAAACAGGGGAAUCAGCGACAGCAAAGAUUUACCCGAAGAAUAUUUAUCGGAAAUAUACGAUGAAAUAGCCGGUCACGAAAUCAAAAUGAAGGGAAACAUUUCGAAGCCGGGAAAACAAGUCAUAUCGAGCGAGAAAAAAAGGAGAGUCAUAUGGAACAUGGAAAUGGAAAUGAUAUCGUCGACGGCGAAAAAUCUCAUGGAAUCCGUGAGUCACGUUCAGGCUCCCUUCACGACGGCCAAACAUUUAGAACACGUGAGACCCAUGUUCAAAAUGGCGUGGACUCCUUUUCUCGCGGCUUUCAGCGUCGGUUUGCAAGAUUGCGACGAUCCGGAAAUUGCGCUUUUGUGUUUAGACGGUAUUCGUUGUGCCAUUAGAAUAGCAUGCAUAUUUCAAAUGAAGCUGGAAAGAAAUGCGUACGUUCAAGCAUUGGCGAGGUUCACGUUACUCACGGCUAAUUCACCCAUAACGGAAAUGAAAUCGAAAAAUAUAGAUACGAUAAAAACGUUGAUAACCGUCGCUCACACGGAUGGAAAUUAUUUGGGAAAAUCAUGGUUAGACAUAAUUAAAUGCAUUAGUCAAUUAGAAUUAGCACAGCUCAUCGGUACGGGAGUCCGUCCGCAGUUUCUUGCGGGUUCGACAAAUAAAAAAGACAAUCAUUAUUCAUUCCAUUCAUCACUCGAAAAUCAAACGGAACUCAAAUUCAGUUUGAAUUCUUUAGAUCCUAGCGUUAAAGAAAGCAUCGGGGAGACAAGUUCGCAAAGCGUCGUCGUUGCCGUCGAUAGAAUAUUCACGGGUUCGACGAGACUCGACGGAGAUGCCAUAGUGGAUUUCGUUGUCGCACUUUGUCAAAUGUCCGUCGACGAACUCGACAAUUCGACACAUCCGAGAAUGUUCAGCUUGCAAAAAAUCGUAGAAAUUUCUUAUUACAACAUGGGAAGGAUAAGGCUUCAGUGGUCGAGGAUUUGGCAGGUUUUGGGAGAGCAUUUCAACAAAGUCGGUUGCAACGCGAACGAAGACAUUGCUUUUUUCGCCGUCGACUCUUUGCGUCAACUCUCGAUGAAAUUCAUCGAAAAAGGAGAGUUUGCAAAUUUCAGGUUUCAAAAAGAAUUUCUCAGGCCUUUCGAAGUCAUAAUGAAAAAAAAUAGGAAUCCCGCCAUACGGGACAUGGUUGUGAGAUGCAUAGCUCAAAUGGUUAACAGUCAGGCUCAUAACAUUCGUUCGGGUUGGAAAAAUAUUUUCAGCGUCUUUCAUUUGGCCGCAUCGGAUCAAGAUGGAAGCAUCGUGGAAUUAGCAUUUUCGACGACUGGAAAAAUCAUAAAUGAGUUGUACCAACAGUAUUUUGCCAUAAUGAUUGAUUCGUUUCAAGAUGCCGUUAAAUGCCUUUCAGAAUUUGCUUGUAAUUCAAAUUUUCCCGAUAUCUCGAUGGAAUCUAUUAGACUGAUUCGUACGUGUGCCGUUUUCGUAAAUGAAAAACCUAAUUUGUUUAUGGAACACGUGAUGGAAGAAGGACACCAGGUUGCACCGGAAGACAGAGCUUGGGUGAGAGGUUGGUUUCCGCUUUUGUUCGAAUUGUCUUGCAUUGUUAACCGUUGUAAAUUAGAUGUGAGAACGAGAGCGUUGACUGUCCUCUUCGAAAUCGUCAAAACUCACGGGGAUGCAUUUAAACAACACUGGUGGAAAGAUUUGUUUCAAGUUUUGUUUAGAAUUUUCGACAACAUGAAACUUCCGGAAUUAUUUACCGAAAAAGCCGAGUGGAUGACGACCACUUGCAAUCACGCAUUGUAUGCAAUCGUCGACGUAUUUAGUCAGUAUUUCGAAAUGUUGGGCCCGAUGUUGCUCGAGGAUUUAUACGUUCAGUUGCUUUGGUGCGUUCAACAGGAUAACGAACAGCUCGCACGUUCCGGAACGAAUUGCUUGGAAAAUUUAGUCAUAUCCAACGGUUCGAAAUUUUCCAAUAAAAUAUGGGAUAAAACGUGUCAGUGCGUCAUAGACAUAUUUAAUUCGACAGUACCGUCGGCUUUGCUCACGUGGCGACCGCAAAACAAUCAAAGUGACCUUGAUAUAAUUAAUUCGAAAGAAAACAGUUCAAAAGAUGUAGAAAAAGAAAUAGUUCCUUAUCCGAAACCCAUUUUAAAAGUUUCGAGUAAUAAAUCGUCGUCGUCGUCGUCGUCGUCGUCGACGUCGCCAUCAUCCGCCGACGGAGGAGAUGAUAAAAAUGAUCAAAACAAAGAACAGAAAUUAUUUUCCGUUUUGUUAAUUAAAUGCAUUGUUCAAUUGGAAUUGAUACAAACGAUCGACAACAUCGUUUUUUAUCCGGCUACGUCGCGGAAAGAAGAUCAGGAAAAUUUAGCUUUGGCUCAAGCUGAUUUGCUUCACGCGGAAAAAGGUGUCGUGAACGAACAGCAAAGAGAAGAGCAAGGAAUGUAUAGAAAUCUCAGCAGCAAACAUUUGUUUCUCCUCGUCGAUUGUUUGCUGGAAUCUCACAGGUUCGCAAAAUCAUUCAACAGCAAUCACGAUCAAAGGAACAUACUUUGGAAAGCGGGAUUCAAGGGAACGGUCAAACCGAAUCUUCUCAAACAGGAAACUCAAAGUCUCGCGUGCGUUCUCAGGAUACUUUUUAAAAUGUAUUGCGACGAAACGCGACAGGAAGACUGGAUGAAAAUACAAUGUAAAUUAAUAGCCGUGUGCAAAGAAGCUCUGGAAUAUUUUUUGUGCCUACAAUCGGAAAGUCACAGAGACGCGUGGACGUGCAUUUUGCUGUUGGUUCUCACGAGAAUAUUUAAAAUGAACGACGAAAGGUUUGGAGCUCACGCUUCGAGUUAUUAUUCGCUCCUUUGCGAACUCAUGUGUUUCGAUUUGAAACCAGAAUUACGUUCCGUCCUAAGAAGAUUUUUCCUACGAAUCGGUCCGGUGUUUGGAAUAACUUCUGGAAAAGGAGAAAAACAAAAUAAUUGA